CACAACAUUUUGUUUUCACACAACACAUUCACCACCGCCUGUACAACCCAAAAAAAAAACCUUCUGAACCUCAAACGAUGGCGGCGGCGGCGGUUGCCAUACCCGAAACACGGAAGCUCCCACGGCCGGGCCGCGGCGGAGUAGUCGCGCACGGACUAUCGGAAGAAGAAGCCAGAGUCAAAGCAAUCGCCGAAAUAGUCUCCACAAUGGUCGAUUUGUCGCGCAAAGGUCUCGACGUCGACCUGAACGCCCUAAAAUCCGCGGCGUGCCGGAAGUACGGCCUCUCGAAGGCGCCGAAGCUCGUCGAGAUGAUCGCCGCGCUCCCCGAAUCCGAGAAGGAAGCCCUACUUCCCAAACUCCGAGCCAAACCCGUCCGAACCGCCUCCGGGAUUGCCGUGGUCGCCGUUAUGUCGAAGCCCCACCGCUGCCCGCACAUUGCCACCACGGGGAAUAUAUGCGUGUAUUGCCCCGGGGGCCCGGAUUCCGAUUUUGAGUACAGUACGCAGAGUUACACUGGAUAUGAGCCUACUAGCAUGAGAGCUAUUAGGGCUAGAUACAAUCCUUAUGUUCAGGCGAGAGGCAGGAUUGAUCAGCUUAAGAGGUUGGGUCAUAGUGUUGAUAAGGUUGAAUUCAUUUUGAUGGGUGGUACUUUUAUGUCGUUGCCUUCGGACUACCGCGAUUAUUUUAUUAGGAAUCUUCAUGAUGCUUUAUCGGGGCACACUUCUGCCAAUGUUGAAGAAGCAGUGUCUUACUCCGAGCACAGCGCGACGAAGUGUAUUGGAAUGACGAUUGAAACGCGGCCAGACUACUGCCUGGGCCCACAUUUGAGGCAGAUGCUUUCCUACGGUUGUACGAGACUAGAAAUUGGAGUACAGAGCACAUAUGAGGAUGUUGCUCGUGAUACCAAUCGGGGUCACACUGUAGCGGCUGUAGCUGAUUGCUUUUCCUUGGCAAAAGAUGCGGGUUUUAAGGUAGUUGCUCAUAUGAUGCCUGAUCUUCCUAAUGUUGGGGUCGAGAGAGAUAUGGAAAGUUUUAAGGAGUUCUUUGAGAGCCCUUGCUUUAGAGCUGAUGGCCUCAAAAUUUAUCCAACUCUAGUGAUUCGUGGAACUGGACUUUAUGAACUUUGGAAACUGGGCAGGUAUAGAAAUUAUCCACCCGAACAGCUUGUAGACAUUGUAGCUCGAAUUCUAUCCAUGGUUCCUCCAUGGACUCGUGUGUAUAGAGUUCAGCGAGAUAUUCCUAUGCCUCUAGUUACUUCUGGCGUUGAGAAAGGGAAUCUACGGGAGCUAGCUUUAGCUAGGAUGGAUGACUUGGGCUUGAAAUGUAGAGAUGUUCGGACACGAGAAGCUGGUAUUCAGGACAUCCACCACAAUAUAAAACCAGAACAAGUUCAGCUUGUUCGCCGCGAUUACACUGCAAAUGAGGGCUGGGAAACGUUUCUUUCGUAUGAAGACACACACCAGGACAUACUUGUUGGAUUACUGCGGUUGCGGAAAUGUGGAAAGAAUGUAACAUGCCCAGAGCUCGUUGGAAAGUGUUCUAUUGUUCGCGAAUUACACGUUUACGGGACUGCAGUUCCAGUUCAUGGAAGAGAAGCUGAUAAACUGCAGCACCAAGGUUACGGUACACUAUUAAUGGAAGAAGCAGAGCGGAUUGCUCUUCGAGAGCACAGGUCGACAAAGAUAGGUGUUAUUUCGGGUGUAGGAACAAGGCAUUACUAUAGAAAGUUGGGUUACGAGCUCGAAGGUCCUUACAUGGUCAAAUACCUCAAAUGAGAAAAACGCAAAAAAAAAAAAAACAAACUGGUUUUGGAAUUGGAACCAAGUGCGUCUUCCUAUUUAUGUUGUUGUCUUACCUAGGAGCCCUCGUGAGUUAUGCCUCGCGUGUGUUUGCCUUUGUGCAAAUCGUAGCUUUUGCUUCUUGUCGAUUAUGUGUAACAGUAUGUGAAAGAAUGGUUAUGAUAAUAUCGAGUUUUGAGAUUUUUUAUUCGUGCAUCUAUUUGUAAGCUAUCUAUCUAUAUAUCUAUCGAUGCGCUACUUUGGUUUUGUUUAGCGCUCUAAUCGAAUUGCUGGAUGAAUA